AUGCAAUCUCCAGCUUUUGCUGCCGCUUGGGCCAAUAUUCAAGAGCUCAGUCUCCAAUGGACAGAGGAUACAGAUUUUACAGUGGACGACUUCGUAAGAGAAGCCGCUCAGACAAUAGAUCUUAGGGUCGGGUCAGUGCAAUAUACGUCGAGACUGAAGAAAUUAGACCUCGAUUUUGAAUUGAAAUCCGAGACUCUUCUCAGUUUUUUGCAAGCGGUUAAAAAUACUUUGCGAGUUCUUUCGAUUUCGCAUAGUUUUAUGGUCAAGGGAGGCUGGGAUCGGGUCCUCAAAGGCCUGGGCAGUGAGCUUCCGUUAUUGCAGAGUAUUAAGCUUCAGUUCCUGAGACAAAGACUUGGUCGCCUUAGUCUUGUGCAUUUCCCUAGGCUCUCCGAUAGUUUGGUCGUCAGCAGCUUUAUUAUCACCCAGUUCAAAGGAUGGUCCUUAAUUCGACGAUUGAAUAAUCAGGCCGCAGUGUGA